AUGGGGCAAACAGAAAGAGGUCUAAGCUUUUAUUUCUCUGAAUUCACGGAUCCGGAAGCAGAUGGAAUUGUUUUUGCGGGUGACGCUGCAUUCUCCGAUAAUGCUCUCCACCUUACAAGUAAUAGCAGCUCAGAGUAUAACAGUUCAGAUCGAUCAUCAGGCAGAAUUCUUUUUAAUAAAACGAUUCAACUUUCAUCUAUAGCCAAUUUCAGCACUCACUUUGUGUUUUCUAUGUAUUCUGAUGGAAAUGAUUUCAGUGGCGACGGAAUAGCCUUCUUUCUCGAAUCUCAAGGGACCGCUUACAUUGUUCCACAAUUCAAAUAUGGAGGAUGGUUUGGUCUUGUUGGAGAUACACUCAAUGUGUUACCUGAUUUGUUUGCUGUAGCAUUUGACAGUAGACAUAAGAUUGUGGGAACAAUUGCCCAUAAUUUUUCAAAUCUUAAUUAUUUGCAGAAGGCUAAUGUUUCUGGUCUAAAUGAUGGGACAGUAUGGAAUGCAUGGAUUGACUACAACGGCCAAGCACAAAUGCUCAAAGUAUAUCUUGCUAGGGGUUCUAAUGGUUUGAAGUCCCAGCACAGUUGUAUUCUAUCACAGCGCGUAAAUUUGUCUGAUAAUCUCAGUGGAAAUAUUUUGAUAGGCUUUUCGUCUGCAGCUGUAGAGUCCGAUGAAACCCACAAUAUCUUCUCAUGGAGUUUCAACAGCAGCUUGUAUUUUAAAAACACCUCAGUGGGUUCCAACAGCAGUGGGAAUGUUUCAGAGAUCAGCUCAAGGGGAAAAGGUCGGACACAAGUAAGUACUUCUACAAAAAUAUUUCUGGGUGUUGGAUCUGGUAUUGUGGCUUGUAUUGCAGUUGCGCUGUGGGGCUAUUUUUCCUAUCUCAGAAGAAAGAGAGCUGCGUUCAUCAGUGGACAAAAGUUAGCAGACAUGGAUUUUGACAAGCUUUUACACCAUAUUCCGCGCCGGUUUAAGCUGGAUGAUCUAAUGGCCGGAACAAACAAUUUUAGAGAAGAUCAAAAGCUUGGGCAGGGAGGAUUCGGAGAAGUAUACAAAUGCAUUCUUGUUGAAACGAAUGAGAUUGUGGCAGUAAAGCGCAUCUCAGAAGGUUCAAGGCAAGGGAUUAAAGAAUUCAUUUCAGAAGUGAGUAUAGUUAGUCGUUUAAGACAUCGGAAUCUUGUUCAACUCUUGGGAUGGUGCCAUGAGCAAGACCAGUUGCUGUUGGUCUACGAAUAUAUGUCUAAUGGAAGCCUCGACAGACACAUUUUUAGAGGAGGAGAAGAAAUAGGAGCAGCAGAAGAAGAAGAGCCUCAAGUGUUACAGUGGAGUAUCAGGUAUAAAAUAGCCAGUGAAAUAGCAAGGGCACUGCUGUAUCUUCAUGAAGAAUGGGAUGAAUGUGUUGUGCACAGAGAUGUAAAAUCCAGUAAUAUUUUGCUGGACAGCAAUUUCAGCUCAAAGAUUGGUGAUUUUGGCUUAGCACGCAUGGUGAAACAUGAACGUCUAGUUCAGACCACCCGAGCUGCAGGGACAUUGGGAUAUCUGGCCCCUGAAUGUGUGGCAUCAGGAAAAACUAGUCCUGAAUCUGAUGUUUACAGCUUUGGAGCAGUGGCUCUAGAAAUAGCCUCUGGCAAGCAAGUAAUAGAUGUGAGCUUGAUAGAGUUCGACAUGCGGCUUGUAGCAUGGGCAUGGGAUUUGUAUGGUCAAGGUAGACUAUUGGAGGGUGGAGAUGUGAGAUUAAAUGGAAACUUUGAAAAGGAAGAAAUGGAACGGUUAAUGGUAGUGGGGUUGUGGUGUUCUCAUCCUGAUCCUGCUAGUCGACCCAAAAUAAGGCAAGUGGUAAGGUUAUUGAAUUUUGAAAUUGCAGCGCCUAUUCUUCCUCCUGCAAUGCCUGUCCCAUCAUAUCCUCAAAUUUCAAUUACCACCGGGCCUUCCCUUCCAGUGGGAUCACAAUGUCUUCAAAAUACUUUGAGUCCAAGGUAA